GUAAAAACACCAUCUAGAAUAAUGAGAAUGACAACUCUGUGGUGCUAAUAAUUUUGGCCACAACAAGUCCAAUGCACAGGUAAUCCAGCCAGCAAAAGAAAGGGUCCAAUUUGACUGGAACUACUGCUACCAUUAAAGGGCCAUUAAUUAACCAAUCAGAUGCAUUUGAUUUUUCUGAUCAACCUGGUAGCAGUACUUAGUAGACGUAAAAUCUCAACCUCUCUAGUAUUAUUAAAGAGAGGAAUGACUGGGACCAUAGACUAGGUAUGUAUAAAAGGUCAUAAAAGUCGGACGAGAUCGUAUUAAUUUAAGGCACAUAUAAAAGUUGGACGAGACCGGUAGUAAGACCGGACCAGACCCCAACUCUGAAUCAAACCCUGGGCAGGUAUAAAAGUCGUACCGGAUUACCAUUCCAGUUCUAGGGUUAGGGGAUAGAGUCCAGUCUGGUUCCAGUCCAACUAGUGAUCCAACUUUUAUACCUGCCUCGAAGGUUUUACCCACAUUCAAAAUUUAACCAUAGAAUUGUAGGAUCACUGAACCAUGGUAGUAUAGAAUCAUGUGAAUCGUGAAACCAUAGAACCAAGGUACCGCAGAACUGCGCAACCAAUCCACAAACCUUGGCUCCACGCUGUUUGGCUUUUGUGACCAACCUUUUGCACGACUCAAUAUUCUUCUCCACAUCACUACCUGACGUCAUUUGGCAUACACCCACCAGCAAUUCACUCAUACUCGAUACCGAAUGAACCAAUCUAGCUCGUUGCUGGAAUAUAUAUGCAGGUAAGCCAAAUGUAUUUUUUGUUGCAAAUAAAUUAAUUAGAGGCCUCAUUAGAAUUCUCACUCAAAUCUGAAGAGGUUACAAAACACAUCAUUCCACUUUAAGUAUGAGAAACUCGUUCUCAGUCCCUUCCACAGAAUAAAUGCAGGCUCAGAAACCUAAGUGACUCGCGAAAAUUUUGUUAUAAAAUUCAUAAAUUCACGCAUUUAUACAUAAUAUAAAGGUAAUUUUGAUAAUAUUUUAAGUAGUUCUAGUCUUUAAAAAUUUAGACAAAAUGUUGAAAGAACGUUUAAUCGUUUAUUCGUAAAAAAUUUUCACAGAUAAAAAUUUUGCAUUUUCGAAAGUGGUCAGCGAAGAACGUGGUGUUGUGCAAAUUAUAGUGUUUUACACGUGGAAUUCAACAUGGCUGCUGGUGGGAGUAUAAAUCAUCCAAAAUCCAUCCGUGUAAGUUAUUUAGAGAGGUUUAUUUGUUGUUGUCAUAUGCUAUAAUUGAGAAUGCGUGUAUUCUAAAUUUCUGGUGAUGUUUCUGAAGCGUCACGGUAGAAUAUUCUAUACUAUAUCUCAUAUUUGUCCAUUGUCGUGACCAUUGAUUUAAUGAUUUUCACCCAAUCAUGUUUAUAUCAGUUAUUUAAUACCAAAACCACAGAUGCUUCCUCUCACCCGAAAAAAAGUGUCAUGUUUUUAAGCAGACUACUACUCCAUUUGGCUACAUGUUUUCAUUAUUCGACGCUUGCCGCUAAGGGGCCACGUCCAUAUUCAUGUUGCCACGCAUAACGUCGAAUCGAUUUUUUUGACAGAUUUUUUCGUGUCAAAUACCAGUCAAUAUGUGUUCGCGAAUGCAACAUUUUUCUGUGAGACAAAUAGUUCAGUAUGAAAAUAAUAAUAAAACAUAUCCUAUAAAACUUCUCAUAUUUUAUAAUAAAGAUCCUACAUCCCAUAUUUUAUAAGAGCCACUUUACCAUUUUGAUUUUUAGCUCUUUUAGCGGUCAAAAUAUGACAGGGUAACAAUCGACGUUAUCUGACGUGUGUGGGUGGGUACUGGUGAUAACGUUGAUUCGACGUUAUGCGUGGCAACAUGAAUAUGGACGUGGCCCCUAAGGGAGAGGGGGUUGCGACCUUAAUGGCCAACUCGCCGUUAAGCAUUGAUGAUGAAACCUAUUUGUCGAUGGCCCCUAACCUUGGUUACUAUGUAACCUCAUAAACAUUCAGGAAUGCGACUACAUUCCUACGUCUAUUACUGUCAAAAUGGGAAACUAUUUUUAGCUAUUAUAAUUCCUCACAGACCAAUCAGACACACACUUAGGAAUGUGAGCGCAUUACACAAGAAGAACGGCCCAUGGUUUUGGCAAUAUAUGCAGGUCCAAACGGUCAAAACAUUAAUUUGGUUGAUUUCCAGGAAAAGUCAAAGAGAAAGGUGAAGAAAAAGGUGAAGAAAAAGAGGUUAAAUGUGGAUCCACUCACAACUUCUCACAUCAUCAAGAAAACAAGGUAUUCAUGGUAUUUUUGAAUAGGUCUUCAAAAAACCGGGUUUUUUUUUCUGGUUUAUCAAUUAACUGCCUCACCCUAAGCCAUCAGAUUGAGGUAAAGAAAAUGUAACUUUGCAGAACAAAUCCAAAUGCAAAUAUAACUCUCUCUGGAAAGAAGAGAAGACUUCUCUUAAAACAACUCAAGCGGGAAGAACAGGACAAGAAAAAAAUGGACGGUAUGUAAUCUCAUUCCUUUCAACUUAAAUGUCUUGCAAUAUAAUAUUCAUUCAAUGUCACGAAAGAAGAUUUUUGUCUAAAAUUUUUUAUGCAGUGGAAAUUAUUGAAAAAUCCAAACCAGAAACAGCAAAGAAGGGGAAGGAUAAGGACUCAGUGGAGAAAAUGGACAUGACAUAAUGUCCGGAAUCUCCGACAUAUGAAGAGCUGACAAAAAGAUAGCAAUCAUGCACAUGUUUUUUAAGGAGAUUUUUAAUAGAGGGAAGUGGAACAAUGAAUAGACCUUAUGCAUAAUGACUUCACAAAGCUUGAUACCUGUGAGGAAUGCUGGUCUUAAUAGUCACUGACUGGGAAAAUUUUCAUAGUGGCCAUUUUGAAUUGUUUAAUUUUCCCAGGCGAUGACUACUAAAACCAGCAUUCAUCGCGGGCAUCAAGCCUUAUGACAUCAUUAUGCAUAAGGUCUAUUUGAAAAUGAAUAAUGACAGGCCUGCCUUGGAAUAUCAGUCCGUCAUGGAUAUUGUCCAACCCAUUUGUGAAAUUGUCCGACCUAGAGGGGAAACCACUGGACAUUCUGUCCGACCUAAGAUGUGAAAUUGAGGUUUAUUGUUUGUCUGACCCAAGGCAUAACGAACAUUUUGUCAGACGAUUCACUGACUGAUAUUUUAAGGCCCGAUGAUGAAUAUUAUAAAUCAAGAAUAAAUUCAUGAGUAUCAGAUUUAUGAUGGGAAAAGAAGUAAAGAAUAUGAAUUAGAAACGAAAACGAAAGAAAUAACGCGAGACCUCCACACUCGCAGACUAGAGAAAUUUGUUGUCGAUGACAGUUCGUUUUUGACACCUUUUAUUUUUUGAUUAUCGGUAACUAUUUUGCUAGUCUGUGGAGGGCUUUAUCGUAUUAUGAUUGCGUACCGUUACAUUUAUUUAAUCUUCUUAAUCGUCAUUUAUGAAUGAAUUAUAAAUAUACUUUAGACAUUGUUUCGUAAAAACUUGAUAAUUUUUGCUUGCGGGUGCAAUGUAGUUUUGUAAAUUUAUUAUAUAAAAUUGCACUCAGUAAUUCUGUCAGAGUAUCUCUGGUUUAUUCUUCAGUUUUUUAAUCACAUAUUCUGGCAUACAAAAUACAGGAUUCACUUCCUUUACAUCACUGCCAUAAUCCAACAAAGAUAGACCUGCUAUUCCAAAUAAUGUAUGAAAUGGAUCAGCCUGAAAAAAUAGUACAAUUGUG